GACACUGUCUUCAAGCUGAGAUUUGAAGAUGGGAACCCUUAUGUGGGUGGCUUGCACUUCCAGUAGGAAGACUGUGUAACAUUGGAAAUGCAGAACUCUGGGUUUUAAUUCUCCUUUAGCUAUAAAAUAUGUGGAUCUCAUUUUCCUUCUCUGUACUCUAAACCUUUGGGAUCCUUCCCAUCUUGGUUGCCUUAGCAGUUUUUUGAGGGAAGAUGGAGGGAAAGUUAGGGCUUAACCAACAGCCACAGCCGGCCUGUCUGCUAGGAGCCCGGGAGUCAGCUUGCAAAAUCUUGAAGAAUCAACCCCUGUGAUUCUGCUGCCUGUGAUCCUGGGAAGGACUGCUGUCAAAACCUGUGUUUUCACCUUUGUUAGUAAAUUCAGACCCGUGGCCUUUAAUAAACCGAUGAGAAAUUUAAGUUGAACAACUUUACCCCCAAGCCCUUACAUCAUAAUCUACCUUUCAGUUCUGGCACAGAAUUCUUGCUUACCAGGGUUCCUCGGGAUUUUCAGCUCAGCCCCUGGGGCUGCUGGCCCUUCGUGGGAAGAGCACUUAGGGGAGGGGCGUGCCACGCGCCUUGGAGCACCCUCCCGGUCAGUUCAAACGACCUCGAGACCUGGCGGGUUGGUGGAGAGCAGAAGGGAGGGAGAGAAGGUAGGAGCCUGGGCCUACCUCUCGACCCCAAGCUCCCAGCUCCAUGGUCCCCGCCGCCUGCAUGCUGCUCUGGGCCCUGCUGCUUAGUCUGGGGUCCCGGGCGGCGGGGGCCCAAGACCAGACGUCAAACCCAACCGCCACCCCGACUGGGGUGCAGCGGAUCAGCUUCCGCUUUGGGGGCCCAGCCCGCAGCCUCCGGAGCACAGGCGUCACCAGCCGGAACAGUGUACUCCGGAAGACGAGGGUAACUCUGGAGGAUGAGAAUGACGCCCUAGCCACUGCUGACCGCCUGGCCGCCCCGGCAGCCGCUGAGCUCCUGUCCACUGUGACAGGCAUUAGCCGGUCGUCAUUGGCCACCUCCGAUUAUGAGGAUGGCUCCUUGGAAGAGGGGGUUGUGGUUGAUACCAAAAAACCCACUGUGUAUUCGACCCCCAAUACGAUGGGAAGUAUUAGCACCAGUAGGUUUACAGCCAAUAGCCAGGAGCGAGAGAUUAGGAUGACCACCGAUAUGCCAUUCGUCACUUCAAAGUCUACUACUGUGGACCUGACUUCUGAAACCACCCUGCACCAGUGGUCAUCGACACCUGGGUCCACCCCAAACUCGUGGCCGUCAUCCUCACCCACAGCCAUGCCAUCUCCCGAGGAUCUACGGGUGGUGUUGUUGCCUUGGGGACCGUGGCACUGCCAUUGUAAGUCGGGUACCAUGAGCAGGAGCCGUGCUGGAAAGCUGCAUGGCCUUUCUGGGCGCCUUCGAGUUGGGGCACUGAGCGAACUCCGCACAGAGCACCGGCCUUGCACCUACCAGCAAUGUCCUUGCAACAAGCUCCGGGAGGAGUGCCCUCUGGACUCGAGUCUGUGUACUGAAAAUAGCUGCAGCUCUCAUACCACCGUGAUCAGCACCGCCUCUCUUCGGGUCCCUGUUCACCUGAGACGCAGACCCAUCCUCCCAUCCACUAGCCCGAGCCCUAGCCCAGCUCUUGCAUUUUGGAAACGUGUCAGAAUCGGCCUAGAGGAUAUCUGGAAUAGCCUUUCUUCAGUGUUCACAGAGAUGCAACCAAUAGAAAGAACCCAGAGGUAAUGGCCACAUCGCCUUCAAGAGAAGAUGUCUGCAUUGUAACCUUCCUUUUCAACCCCAGCACCCACUACAUAUUUUUAAUACAGAAAAAAAA